AUCUAAUACUGCAACCUCCCUAGGCCUCUGUCGACUAUGGAUCCAUGACCCUUGCCACCUGCAAGAGUCUGUGCUCGCAGUACAAGUACUACGGUGUUGAGUAUGGAGGAGAGUGCUACUGCGGCAACAGUCUGGCCACCCCAGGCGGCGCUGGAGGCGAUGGCCAAGGAACCUUUGGCACAGUUGUGAGCAGUAGCCAGUGCUCGACUCCUUGUCCCGGUGGUCCCAGCCAGACGACCUGCGGCGGUCCAUGGAGAGUCUGGAUAGACACUGUUACUCCGUCAAUUACUGGCUGCUAUGUCGAUAACUCUCAGCGCGUGUUGAACUACAAAGCCUCUGUCGACUAUGGAUCCAUGACCCUUGCCACCUGCAAGAGUCUGUGCUCGCAGUACAAGUACUACGGUGUUGAGUAUGGAGGAGAGUGCUACUGCGGCAACAGUCUGGCUACCCCAGGCGGCGCUGGAGGCGAUGGCCAAGGAACCUUUGGCACAGUUGUGAGCAGUAGCCAGUGCUCGACUCCUUGUCCCGGUGGUCCCAGCCAGACAACUUGUGGUGGUCCUUGGAGAGUCUGGGUCGACACUGUUGCCUAACGGAACAGCCACACACUCGCCUGGUGAUACAUAACGUGUGGCUAUGGUCAAUGGUGACAAUGCUAUUCUGGAGCCUGAAUACAAGCAUAUCUAGUCAUCAUUCAAAGGCAUCAUUGUUCAACGACCAAAAUCCGGGCUGUCCCGUUUUUAUUGGACCGCAUGUAGUUUGGGAAGGAGUGACAUAAUGAAGUUGGGACAUCGGGAGCGCGAUUCAUCGAAGCAGAUCAAUUGGGAAUGCGGUCCCGCAGGUAAGUCAUGAUGGCGUCGGUGC